GACCGGGUCUACUACCUCAGCGAGAGGCUCCUGAAGCUGGCUACAAACAUCCCACGGGACAACCUGGCGUCCCUGGGCACCUGCUUUGGGAAAUUUACCAAGAGCCAGAAGUUCCGGCUCCAUAUCACUGCCCUGGAUUACCUCGCCCCUUAUGCCAAGUACAAAGUCUGGGUGAAGCCUGGUGCAGAGCAGUCUUUCCUUUAUGGGAACCACCUGUUGAAGUCCGGUCUGGGGCGCAUCACUGAGAGCACUGCUCAAUACCAAGGAGUGGUGGUAUAUUCUAUGGCUGAUGUUCCUCUGGGGUUUGGGGUGGCAGCCAAAACCACCCAGGAGUGCCGAAAAGUGGACCCCAUGGCAAUUGUAGUAUUUCACCAAGCAGAUAUUGGCGAAUACAUACGGCACGAGGAGACACUGACUUAAUAAAUGGGGCAAAAUUCCUCCCAUCGUGCUCUGACAGCUGGAAACUUUAAAAACUGUUCUGCACUUUGGAUUAUAUUAUGCCCUUUUUUGUGUAACCUGGAAGGACCAGCCUCGGCUGAGUAGGUGAAAUGUGAUCAUUUCGCUGUCACUCACCUGUAACAGUUGACCAGUAACAGUGCCUGCCGGUGGACAAGCUGGAAAACUUUGGGAUGAAGCUACAACACUUAGUCCAACUAUCUGAUUUUAUUGUUUGCAUUGUUUUGUUCAAGGUGAGCUCUAGGAGCUGAUAAAGAGGCAGUUUGUUAUUUUUAGCACAGUGAAUGCACUCUAUUUCCUUUUACCUUUCUGGCUGUGCGGCUACAGGGGCUUUCUGGAAGGUGGUGUCUCAAGGCCAAGAAAAUAAUUGUUUGUGGAGGGGAGAAUUCUGUUUGUCUUCACCCAUAAAAGACACCCGUUUUAUUUGGAUUAUAAAA